AUGGGUCUGAAGCUGCUCGAGUCCAGACUUUGUCUCCUUUUGCUGCUGGGACUUGUCUUAAUGCUUGCCUCAUGCCAGCCACCAACCCGUUCCCAGCGGUUUGCCAUCCAGCACAUCUAUAAUAGCUCCUACCCCCAAUGUAAUGCUGCCAUGCGGCGUGUUAACAGUUAUACAGGAAGAUGUAAGGACAUAAAUACCUUUCUUCAUACAAGUUUUGCUAGUGUUGUUGGUGUGUGUGGCAAUACAAACACCACCUGUACUAGUAACAGGACAAGAACAAAUUGUCAUGACAGUACAUAUCAGGUGAAUAUUACUUUCUGUAACCUCACAAAUCCGGCAGCCGUUUAUCCCCAAUGCCCAUACCAAACUACCAAUUCAUUGAAGUUCUACACAGUUGCCUGUGACCCCAGAAGUCGACGGGACAGUCCCAUGUACCCAGUGGUUCCGGUUCACUUGGAUAGGAUAUUUUAG